CCUCAAAACAAACCAUGUGUGGUAUGAUAACGCUGAAAUGCCCACAAAAUGUAACGUUUUGUAACCUAAUCGUUAAUCAUACUCUUAUCGUCAGAUUUUCAUAUAUUGAAGGGAUUUGUAUUAUUCCAGAGUUGUUAUCUCGUUUUCAAUUAUUAACAAACAAAAACGUCAUACCUUCCCUCGUGAACAAGAAAGCACACAAAAGAGGAGAGUUACAUUUAUUUAAUUCAGUUCAUUUUAAAAUAUUUUCUUUUCUUCUGCUUCAUGUCUUCUCUCCCAUUAUACUCCCUCCUUAACUUUUCCUUAGAACUAUGUUCAAAUGAAUCCACUCCCUAUUAAGGUUUUCUUUUUUUGUCUAUUUAACCCCAACCCAUUCCAUAUAACGUCAAAAACAUUGUUGGGUUUCAUUACAAGAACACAAAAGACAUGGGUUUCACUAAAGAUCAAGAUCGGUUCUGUUCGACGCCUAAGCUUCCUCUGUUUUCAUAUCCAAUGAACAGACCAUACGAAACUCCGGGAUUAGCUACACCGCCGGUUAACAUCGCCGGUUCUGUUCCUUUUCUAUGGGAAGAAGCUCCCGGAAAGCCUCGUUCUUCCGUUAGAAAACCGCCGAGAACGAACCAAACCAGAGAAAACAGAGGAGUUGCGAGAUGCUUGGACCUUCCCCCUACGCUGAUUUUGCCAGGAGAAGCUUGUAAAUCGUCCACGGCAAACGAGCCUUCUCCGACAACUGUUCUCGAUGGUCCAUACGAUUUGCGUCGCCGUUCACUGUCGCUUCCGAGAUCGGCGGCUGUGAUCAGGAAGUUGAGAGGUGUGCCGGCGCCGUUUGGGUCAAGUAGAUGGGGAAGUUUAGGGAACUGCAAAGAGUUGUCUGAGGGUAUAUAUGACUUUUCACGUUUUAGAGACGGCGGCUGUGAUUGCCAGAAGGAUUGGGCUGGAGGAGGAUAUGACUUCGCCGGCGACGGCGGUACAACAGUGAAGCUUUUCAGACGUCUUAAAAGGAAAGGAAACCUUUUUAAUCUCUCUCAUGCAACAAAGUCCGACUUCUUGGCAAGGGUUUACGAAGGGUUUAAGCAGGUGAUUCCGUGGAGACGUAAGCAAGAGAAUCUACAAAGGACGAAUUCUUCCACUAUUUAAAUCGUAUCUCCAUUCAAUUUCUUCUAACUUUAAGUAUAGACUAUAGUUUAUAUACUAAUUAAUUAGUCUUCUCGUGUGUAUUAUUUAUUUAUAUAUAAUAUGUCAAUGAAACAACUUGUAUUAAAGUUUAGAAUUAAUAUCUAGGGAAUUCGAUUUUUAUUA